AUGAAAUGGGCACUGCACCCCCUGGUGGUUGGCCUGAUAAGUGUGCCCCUUACAGAAACAUUCAAGGGAUGCCUUCCUUCCUUCUCCAACUUGUGUGGUGAUUUUCGCCCAAUUGACCGGCACGUGGCAUGGGCAUCACCAUUUGGUCGAAAGGAUGGAGCAAAAAUAUGGAGUAGUGGACACCCAAAGAGGAAAUACAAAUAUAGCUAUGCGUACGUAAAUAGGGGCAAGGAUCACAUGCCCGGGGGGCAUAGGACAAUAGGAGCGAAAGUUACAAAAAGAACAACAUUGGGAGCUUUGCAAAAGGGGAACGUGGAGAACAGCGCAAAAUGUAUCACCCGGGGGGAAAGUUCUUCCAUCGAGGAAAACCACAUUUGCAAUGUGCCGAAUCGUGAUCGCGAAAAUGGUGAAGAAGAAUCGGAGGAAGUCUACUUCGUUAGCACCCCGGUGUACUACGCAAAUGACAAGCCACACAUCGGGCAUGCAUACUGCAACGUUCUGAGUGACAUCAUAUGUCGUUUCGCUAAAUGGGAAUACACAGAGGGAAGACGUAAAAGGGUUAUUCUCUUUUCAGGAAUGGAUGAGCACGGGUUAAAAAUUGAAAGAAAAUCUAAGAAACUGAAAAUUCCUAGCAUGGAGUAUAUCAACAAUAUGAGUAGCUAUUACCAAAUGAUGAAUGAUAAAUUACAUGUACAUGUGAAUAUAUUUUAUAGGACAACUAGCCAAUUUCACAAAAGCUUUGUACAACAGGUUUGGAAAUAUUUAACACAGAAUGGCUACAUAUAUAAGGGAACUUAUAGAGGGUAUUACGACGUAAACGAAGAAAAGUAUUUAAACGAAUUUGAAUUAAAACAGAAGGAAAAAAACGACCCCAAUAUUCUAUAUAUUGAAGAAGAAAAUAGCUACUUUUUUAACAUUUUAAAAUUUAAAAAAUUUUUAACUGAUUUUUAUCAACGUAGUGACGAGCUUAUCUAUCCAUCCUACCUGCAGAAGGAGAUGCUCCAUUUUGUCAAUCACGAGCUGAAAGAUGUGUGCAUAAGUAGGUACAACACGCAAUGGGGAAUUAAAAUUCCUGGUGAAGAAAAAGGGACCAUCUACGUCUGGUUCGAUGCGCUUCUGUCGUAUGUAUCUUCAGUAUUGUACAUGGUGAAGAAGAGGCAACUACGUAAGGGAAAUGACUCCCCUGUCAUUCAUUUGCCACGGGGUAGUGACACAUUCUACCAGGAAGAAUCUAAUGAGUCUCCACGUUCUCCCCCCUCGCACGAAGUGGAGACGGACGAACUUACUUGUUCCUAUGAAGAUAUCUUAAGCAUAGUGGGUUUGGAGAAUUCCCAGCAGGAGAGGGAUUCCCACAUGAAUAAUCAGGCCUUCCCAUCUGAUGUGACACCCCCUCCAGAUGGUACCCUUUCCAGGCUCUUCCAAAAGGCAUGGAAUCCUCAUGUACAGGUAAUAGGAAAGGAUAUCCUGAAAUUUCAUGGGGUGCUUUACAUCUGUUUGUUGCAAAGUCUUAAUUUAAAAUUGCCACAAAAAAUAAUAUGCCACGGAUUGAUAAAAAGCGAAAAUGUUAAAAUGUCCAAAAGUAUAGGAAAUGUGAUAAGCCCAUUUGAUAUAGUGGAAAAAUAUGAUCCAGAUAUUGUUAGACUAUACUUCUUUGGCUGUGCCAAUAUUUUUGAAGACAAAAAUUUUAAGAAAGAACAUCUUGAGUCCUUCCAACUUUUUGUGCGAAAUAAUGUAGGCAAUUUAUUGUACCGAGUUAUGUCUCUCUGUAUGGAUAAUAAUUAUAAGCAUAUAUAUAAAGAUGGACAAGCCAAUUUUUUAGACUCGCCCAUUUUCAGGCAAUCUUCAGAAAUGAAGCAGAAGUUACUAAUCCUAAUUCAUAAUAAGGAUUUUGCUCUAUUUUUGGAAAAUCUAAUGGCGCUGAUAAAACAGGUGAAUAAAUUCUUCGUUCAUCAGGAACCAUGGAAAUGUACAAAUGAUUCUGUCCGUUUUAAUCAAAUAAUUUAUGAGACCCUCGAGGGCAUAAAAUUUUUUUCCGUUUUUUUGUAUCCAAUUAUGCCGCAAAUUUGUUCUUCCAUUUUGUACAACAUCGGCUUGGACGCCUCCCCUUCGAGCGGAUAUUCUCUAGCCAUGUUGACGGAGCCAACGCGCGAGUUUGCCCUGCGCGAUUUGAUUAAAAUUGUGUGA